AUGGCUGCCCACUUAACGAAAGAAGAAUACAUAAGGAAACACCAAAACGAGAUAUCACUGGGCCCAUUCUUCUACGGUCUAUCACGUGCCAACACCCACAGAAUCUUAUUCGUUUGCAUGUUUGCUUGCAUCUUGGGCCUCCUGUCGGCCAUUUUCAUGCUGUCCAUGGGGCACAGGGCCUUCAUAUUCUACAACCCGUAUCUACAGUUAUUAGAGAGUAAGUUUGCAAAUGCCAUGCCAGCUAUGAUCGUCAUAUGCGGAGUCAUCGGCUUGUACACGUUCUCAGUUGGCGUUAUAUCAUGUUGGACGAUGACUUUUGUGAACUUUGCCUGGCAAUACACCUUCAAGAUCAAGUUGAAUUUUAUCAUUUUCAAAGUUUUUCUGGUGGUCACGGGAGUCUUUGUGUUUAGUUCGAUGAUGCUGGUGGCUGCCUGCGUCUCUGAAGUUCGACAGAUGACGGACGGUUUUAAAAAAGCACUGAAGAUGUACAGAAUCGAUCCGGAUGUCCGAAUAAUAUUCGACCGAAUGCAGUCUAAUCUUGAAUGUUGCGGUAAUACAAACUUUAAGGAUUGGUUCUACUCGCCUUGGUAUCCGAAUCAUUUUAAAUCACCGACAUCAGCUCGGUUGCAGAGCAUUCUUAACACUACGAAAGUAUUGUACAUGCAGGACACCCCGUACAGCUGUUGCGACAUGAACCAACUCCGUCCAUGCAUCCACAAAAAUAUUUUCAAAAAUUACUUCCACGCCAGCUACAAUUUCGAAACUUCAUUUUCCAUCCAUAAAAUCGGCUGCGACCUCGUCUUCAAGAACCGAUACUUACGGUUUAUCCAAACUUCUGUAACAAUACCGUUCGCAAUUGCUCUGGCUGCUGUUUUGAUCUGUUUACCUCUUUGCAUAGUCGUUUCCUACUCCAAAAAUUUUGUAAUGACUGAAGAUGAGUUUUGGGAUGCGAAGAGAGAUAAAAUGAAAGCAUCUGCUGUGAAGUAUGACAAGAAAACUAUUGAUAGAUUCUUGGGAGAUGAUCAAGUUAUGAGUCGAAGCACGGCUUCAUCUUCUCCGGCUCGAGUCGUUAACAUUCCUACAUUAUCUACGAGUUCGUUGUCAUCAGCUAGCGAGAAAACGCCGCUAAUUACCGUUCCGCCAAAAACUGAUCCGAAAAUGAAAGAAUCUAAACCGAUGUUUAAACCGAAUGAAAAAUCGUUUUCGCCAACAUCAGAAUCGUCAAGAUCGGCAUCUUCGUCACCGACUAGUGCAAAAAAAUAUUUUGAAAACGAUCGUAAAAACGAUUUAGCAAAGAUAAAAUCAACGAAAGCUGAAGUAUCGCCUUCAACAACCGCAUCGAAAUCACCGAAAAUGAGUUUAAAAAACUUUUUAUCCAAAUUGAAAUCAAAAAAGGCAAAUAAACCAUCAUCACAAUUAUCGUCAUCAGAAUCAUCUAAUAUAUUGAAAUCACCAAAUACACCAAAAUCGCCUGAAAUUGGCAUUAAAAAACCGACACCUGGACCAACCGGGCAGCUGCCGAGUGCAUCGCCGUCAUCAUCAUCCAGUGGUAGAAGUUUGUUAGCAGUGGAUAACAAAAACGCAAGAGAGAACGUGAUAAAUAACAACAAACCUGUAAUUGAUAACAAAACUAGUCACAUCAAAUUAUCGGCCCCUAAAAGUUUGAACACUCCAAAAAUUUAUGACUCAAAGACUGUCAGGCUAAAUAAUUUAAAAAAAGUGGAACCUCUCUCCGUAACCUCGUCCACCAUUUCCAAACCAAUGACGUCAUCAAUAACAUCAGUGACGUCAUUAACUGAGGUGACUCCAAAAAUUGAGGUACAAAAAAACAUUCCAACAGAGUCUGUGAAUGUGCCAAAGUUGCCGACGGCUGAUAACAAAGCAAAAAAUAACAAAAACACCGAAUUCAACAACAACAUUGGUAAUAAUUUUGAUUCUUCUAAGUCAAAUAAUUCGACUUUGUCGGUCACAUACGACGAUUCGUCUACAGAAUCGAUCAUAAAACAUACCGGCAACCGAUUGAAAGUUGCUUCGAAUACGACAAAAACUUCUGCAAAUAACAACAACAUACUUGUCUCAUCUUUUGACAACUUGAAAGAUGAUCCGUCGAUAACUACCACAUCGACUCUUGCAGGAAAAACUGAUUCUAAAAUAUCGACUAGCAAGUUAACGGGUGGCAAAACCAUCGCUAGACCAACAUUGUCAUCCUUCUCGUCGGAAACGACGUCUAACCUAAACUCGACAGUAAAUAUAAUCAGCGAUGUUACAGAAAGUUCGACAUCAACCGGCAUAAAAGAUACAGUAACGACGAUAACCGAAAGUGCGAAAAACGAUGACAACAAUAUUUCAAAUUUUACUUCCAGCAUUCAGAGUUCACGCUGGAGUAGAGAUUCCGAUGAUUUCGAUUCACCAAUCAGCGAAAGUGUCAAAGAGCGCGAGAAAAAUUUAUCUAUGCAAAAUUUGUUAACCGGAUCAAGUAAUGUUCUGCAACCACGUGAAUCCGAUUCAAAUACCGGUAAAAAUGGUAAAGAAAUUUCUUCGCCUAACAAACAAACAGAUAACAGUACGACGAAAAAAAAUGUUAAAACAAAGUUAGGUGCAAAAGUUCGAACAAACAAAAGUAAUAAUAACACGAACAAAGACGUACAGCCAACGAACGAAGAUGCCAAUUGCAAGAAUAGUGACGUUUUCAUGAAAAAGAAUUUGAAGUUGAACUCACGAAAAUUAAAAACUAACAAAUCAAAAAACAACAACAACGUAAUCAUUAUUAAACCAGAAACGAUUCAGAAACUACCUGACUUUGUACCCCCACCAAAACCGAUUCUAAAAGAUCGGAUCCGCCAAAUAGCCGACUUGACAAUGCCAGAAGAUAACAGCAUGUUGACGUCAUUGGAUAACCAGAGUAAUAGUAAUAGUGGCAGUAUCACAAUCUCAAUUCCGACUUUCAGAUCGAAACUUUCAGUAAAGCAGGAAUCGGACGAAAACCGAUACUCGCAAUUUAGUUUCGAACCAAUGGAUACCAUCACCAAACCUUCAAAAGGGCCGAUUAAUCCGCCAAUUUAUUCAAACCAAGAUUUCUUGUUUGACGAUGAAGAUCGUGAGAAAGAUGAUGAUGAGUUAGGCGGAUUGAAAAAUUAUUUAAAAUACAAAAAGGAAAGAAUGAGCAAUAGAGACGAAGGCGAUUAUUGUGCAAAUAUUCGGGAAAAAAAUAUGUUCAUCACUAAAAAUUUCCUGAAUAGUCGUAAGUUAAAUUUGAGCAAAUGCUUCGAUACCAUCGGCUCUUCCGAAAAUUUUUCUAGAGAUGCACUAUCCAAGCGGUCGAGUAAAGAACGGUUCUUGUUCAAAUAA